UUAGCUUCUGGUCACUGUUUUUAGUUAAAGUGUUUUAUAAUGUUUCGUUUUCUUGUUUGCGCAGUUAUUCUAAAGUGGUCCUUCGGUUCCGAAUUUGUGAACGAUUUGCAGUCGGUAUUUGGUGAUAAGCAUUGCGUUGAUGCUUCCUUAAUUUCGAUUCCUUCAAACAUUGAUACUUACGUCAUGUUUAGUUCAGAGUCACAAAAUAAUGUCACAAAAACCCCCGAAAAGAACAUCGUGGCAACAAUUUACGAGUUGGCACAAUUCAACGAAAUCGAAUGCUCUUACACGUUAAUAUCCGAAGAGGGUCCACCUCAUGCAAAAAUUUUUAAAGUCUCUUUACACUUGGGUGAUGAACUCUAUGAAGGUUCCGGUUCUAGUCUGAAAAAAGCUCAACAAGCAGCAGCGACUUUAGCUUUGCAAGACACGUUUUACUCUCAUCCUCCUGAAAAAAUUAACACACCACAGGAGAAAUCUUUAACUCCAACCGUUGCACUCAACAAUGUUGCUGCCAAACUUGGAAUUGCAGUUUCGUAUUUUUUGUUGAAUGGAAAGGAGGAACAAACGAUUGAUAGCUACGGUGCUGUUGACGAGAGUUACGGCAAAUCUAAAAGUUCGUUCCCAAAGUGGAACGCUACUUUUGAUCCUUUAAAAGUUCCUCUUGAAGAUGCCCAGAUUUCUGGGCCAUUUGCAGUGCGAGUUAAAGCAGGAGAUUCGGUUUUUGAAGGUUUUGGGCAAACGAUCCAAGCGGCACGUCAUGAUGCCGCCUCAAAAGCACUCAAAGACAUGGAAAAGCGAGCGUUGCUCAAAGACCACGUUUGCUCUCGCGAAGAUUCGGUGGAAGACUGUAAAAAAUUGAAAGACGAUCUGAAAUCGCCAAUUACGCGUGUUCACGAAGCGGCACAAUUGAAUAACUUAGCACUUGAAUUCAAUGUUAUCAGCGAAUCGGGAAAACCGCAUCAAAGGAAUUUCGUUACUGAAUGCAAGUUAGGUGAUUAUGUGACUGAAGGCGAGGGUAGAUCUAAAAAAGAAUCAAAGCGAGUGGCUGCUGAAAAAAUGCUGCAGUUUUUACCACAGUUGCAUGACACUUACAAUGAGAAAGCUAUCAUCAGUGGUCUACAAAAUAAGCAAAAGAAGAAGAAGAAUAAGAAGAAUAAAGUUAAGAGAGAAAACGUGGAUACUAUGAUGAAUAGUAUCAAUACUAUGGUACAUUCCGUCUUGGGGACUGUUAGUGUUGCCUCAUCAGAUGAAAGCUCGGAUAGUUCCACACAACCUAAACGUGGAGCAUCUUCUUCAAACUCGCCAUAUGCCUCGCCAAAAACUAAACUCCUGGAAAUUGGAAAUAAGCUAAAUAUUAACGUUGAAUUUACUGAUCUCAUAAAACAAGACAAUCAGUAUUAUACAUUGGUGUCUUUGGGAUUAAAACCUCCACAUGUUUGUUUGGGUAAAGCCGCUGUUCAAGCUAAAUCACACGAAGAUGCGGCUUUACGUGGCUUACAACUUUUACGAAAAUCUGGGAUUUUAGAUAAGACGGGUUUUGCUGAAGAAAGCAAGCAGGUCGAAGAUGUUUUUGAGGUGGGGAAUGAAGAACAAUAUAGAAUUCUCGAUGAUUUCGAGGAGAAAUAAAGUCGGAGACUUGUUUUGGAUUAAAGAAGAGUUACUCAGUUUUGUUAAAAAAAUAGUUUUUGUUAAUUUGGUUCUAAGAACAAUUGCCUACUAUUAAUGUUAAGCUUUGUUUUUUGGAAUGUUUUUUGUUUAACAACUUUUCUAUUUUUUCGAAUAAACUUUUUUAAAAGA